AACAAGAUGGCAGCCUCCUGAACUGUAGCCGGGCCAGGUCGUGUGUUACGGAAUUGCAUUUGUUAGUUAGCUACAUAUCCUGGCCGAAUGUCAAAUUAAUAGGAAUAAUGACUCGGUAGAUGCUAGAGUACUUACGCUGCACGACUCUUUACGAACAGAAAUGUACAUGGAUUUUAUUCAACAUGACAUUGUGGGAUGACAACUUUCUACUCUAGCUAACAUUAGCUAGAAGCUUGCUUGCCGAUUCUGACAUGUUACUGUACUCUAAAUAUGAAAGGGAGAAUUGUAUUUAGCUAACAUAUCGAAACAAUUGUUUUGCAAUGUCAUGUAUUUGCAACUUUAGUUGUAUCUCAUCAUUUACGCCUUAAACAGAUAUAUUGACCAUCGUACAUUAGCCAGGACCUUAACUCUUCUCACUAAGAUAAAACUGAUCUGAUCUGAACAUAAGUCCAGAAUGAUCAACAGGCAGUCAAUGACAGUUUUUUUUCGACUCGCGUGCAAUGGGUUGAGUCAACAUGGAAAGAGGAACAUUAGCCUUUUCUCCAACACAUCGCCUUCGAAUUGGAAUAAAGUGGUUUCAGACGCAGAAAAAAUCGUGGGCUAUCCGACUUCAUUCAUGAGUCUCCGCUGCUUGCUGAGUGAUGAACUGAGCAAUGUAGCAAUGCACGUGAGAAAACUGGUUGGAACAAAACACCCGUUGCUCAAUACUGCAAGGGGCUUUGUAUAUGACAGCAGAAACAACCUUCAGAUGAGAGGGCUGGUGGUCCUUCUCCUAUCCAAAGCUGCAGGUCCGUGUCACCAGUCCUCUGAUCUUUUGGCCCAGGACAUGGUCAGUGGGAUCUACCCCAGCCAGAGGAACUUAGCUGAAAUCACAGAACUCAUCCACACCGCUUUCCUGGUGCAUCGUGGGAUCGUUGACCUCAAAGAGUGGACCAAUUCAGAUGGCCCUCUGAAGGACAUGCAGUUUGGAAACAAGAUGGCAGUGUUGAGUGGAGACUUCUUGCUAGCUAAUGCUUGCACUGGACUGGCCCAACUAAACAAUACAAAGGUAGUGGAGCUGAUCUCCAGUGCCAUUGGAGACUUGGUGCAGGGUAUCUACUACGAGAACUCCAACGGUUUAGAGGAAAAUGGUCUUACAGAUGACAUCACAAUGGCAACCUGGGAGGAACAUGCUUUCCUUUCCCAUGGUGCCUUGCUGGCAAAGAGCUGCCAGGCAGCCAUGGAGCUGGCCAAACACAAUAAGGAGGCUCAGGGACUUGCCUUUAAAUACGGCAAACACUUAUCGCUGGGCCACAAGCUGAACUCUGACCUGCUGCCGUUCCUGAAGAGCAGUGCAGGCGACCCCGUGGCCUUCAGUUUGACCUCUGCCCCCGUGAUGUUCCACCGGCAGAUUGUAGGACAGGAGGAAUGGCGUAAUCAGUUGCACCAGGCAAGAACUAUUGGAAGACGAGUGGAUUAUACCAAGCUGUGGGCUGCAAUCAAGUCAGAGAAAGGUGUGAGCUCUGCGGAGGACCUGUGCCAUUACCAUGGUAACAAGGCUAUGGAGGCCAUCCAGGCUUUCCCAUCCUCAGAGGCUCGCUCUGCCUUGGAGAAGAUUGCUUGUGCCGUCACCAAAUUCUGAACUUAUUUUUGAAGGUUUGUCUCCUGUUGUCUUGGAUAGAAGUACGUGACCAGCUGCUAAUCCUUCAACCCCCCCCCCCCCAGAAACGUCCAUGUUAAUGUCGGUUUAUACUUGGCUAUGCCUCAGAAGACUGCCUCUCACAGUCAUUCGGUCAACCAAGAAAUUAUACUGCAGAAUACACCUUCAUUCGCGCAAUGAUUCUCUAUUAAAAACAAUGAUCCCGUUCAUAUGUUUCUGUUUGUUUCUUUAGACUCUACUUAUUGCUUCAUUGUGCUGCCCUGUUGGACAGCAAACUAAAACCAGGAGGGGAGAGGUCACAUAGCUUCCCUGGGUCCUGCCAUGGGCACACUCCAAGCUUCUCCAGCAGUAAUUAUUAAUGAAGGCCCCGUUCCCGCGACCUGAGCAAAUGGACAGGAAAUGCAGCGGUAUUGAUUGGGACGCUGCGCGGGCUGGCGCCAGGGUGCUGGCCUGUGGUUACCCAGGCGCUCUCCACGGGGGACAGCCAAGGUGUGAACCUGGGUGGAGGCGGGGACGUCACCGCCAACCGCCAACCAUAGUAGGGUCUGUCUGU